AUGGCGAAUUUGGCCCUUAAUGUGAAUGUGAGAUGGAAUGUUCUAAUCGCUCUGCUGGUAAUUAUCUCUGUAGCAUUUUUCUUGUAUUAUUCUUCUUCUUGGAAGGCCUGGCCUAAAUCUGCAGCUAAAAAACAAGCAGAAGAGAGUGCUGUUGGUAAAUAUUUCACGUGGAAUACUAAGGAUCGAACUGAGGAUCAAAUAUACUACAAAGAAGUCGUACCUCAGGUAUCAGAAAACACCCGAUUUACAGUUAUACUGCUGCAUGGACAGUUGUUCACGUCCGAAAAUUGGGAUAACAUCGGAACUUUGAAGGCGUUGGCUGCCAAAAGUUACAAAGCCAUCGCUGUGGACUUGCCAGGACAUGGUCUCUCAGAAUCUGUAAAGGCUCCUUCAGAUGAAGAUGAGAAAGUAAAUUUUGUGUCUAGUUUGAUAGAGAAUCUUGGUGUAGACAGGCCAGUUUUAGUGGCACCUUCGAUGAGUGGUUCGUACGUGUUGCCGGCGUUAAUGGAAAAGGAUCUCAGGAUAAAGAUAAGGGGAUUUAUUCCAGUUGCACCAGGAGCCGUUGCUAAAUAUGAAGAGAACGACCUUAGGAAGCUGAAUCUUCCAACUCUGAUAGUUUAUGGCGAGUUGGACAAAAAUUUUAAACCGUUUUUUCCAUUAAUUAAGAACAUUCCUAAUAGUGAAGUUUUUAUGAUGAAGAAUGCAAAGCAUGCAUGCUACCUUGACAACCCAGAGGAAUUCAAUGCAAGGAUAAUUGAAUUUCUUGACAAGCUGUAG